AUGUUUGCACCAACACGACGAUUAUUUCAAAAGAUUCAACCAUGUCGGAUCACCCUCUUUUCUCGCGAUGAGUGUGGCUUGUGCGUACGGGCCAAAUCGGCACUCUCCAAUGUCUGGGAUCGCAGGCCGUUCGUCUAUACGGAAGUCGUUAUAACGGCGCCGGAGAACAAGAGCUGGAGGGAGUUGUACGAUUUCGACGUGCCCGUGAUCCACAUCAGCAAAGCCGAGGCCCCUGAAGAGGAUCCCAAACUCGUGGGCAAGGCCGUCAAGCUCAUGCAUCGAUUCGAACCAGCUCAAAUCGAAGCAAAGAUGGACCAGGUUGAGGGAGGAAAGUGA